UGAUGUAAGAAGGUCCUCCAUUGUGCAAUGGCAGGGCUCAGACUGCAUUGUAAUAGGGCCUUUGAGUCAAAGAAUCCAGUCCAUCGUGGAAUAAGGGUCUAUGGAUUUUCUACCACCAUGCAAGUUUUUCUAAAAGUCUUGCUCUUCUUUAUGCUCCUAAGAAAUGGUGCUUGCUUACAAUGUGAAACUUGUAUGAAGAUCUUCAGGAACCACACCGGCAAUGCCACCAGUAUCAAUUGCAGUGGACCCAUGAAGACCUGUGCUGCUAACAAAAAUACCUGUUCCGUAGUCUAUUCCCGACACAAUCUAGAUGGAGUAACAGAACACAGUAUAGAGAGGUCCUGUGAUUACUCCAGCAUCUGUACCCGUCACAAACUGCACUUUUCUGUGGGGAUGGGAAGAGGUUACAGGUCAUCCAUAAUCUGUUGCAAUGGCAAAAACUGCCCCAAAGACAUUCCUCCAUUGUCACCAGAAAAAAAAACUCCCAAUGGAAAGGAAUGCCCUGCCUGCUUUGCUUGGUCAGACAAAUGUAAGCCAAAGACAAUGAAAUGUACCGGAUCAGACACCCAUUGCCUUGAGAUCAAAACCACACGCAUACAACGUCCUAAUGGAAAAACCGUCAACAGUGUUAUGAAAGGUUGCACAUCUGAGGCUGUCUGUGUAUCACUAAAAGAGGACAAAACACCUCUUUUCACUGGUGAAGUUGAUGAGGUUGCAUGUACCCCAAAGGUUUCUAAGGGGUCUCAACCUACAAGUUUCUUCCUGCCAACUGUCUUUGGGCUCCUGCUGAUGAAGAUCUUUGGGUAAAAGGCAACAGCGUGGGAAUGCCUCCAGUCUGCAUUCACUCCAUCACAUCCAUUUUCCAUUUUAAUUGAGUGCAGUUUUUGGAUUUUCUCUGCUUCCGUGGGCCAAAAUAAAUUCCAGGCUUAAAGCAAAUAAA